AAACGCGCCUUUGGCGGUACGCAGCCGCAGUGGCAUGCGGAUACGGAAGGGAAUGACAUUCUAAUGAUGGCGGUAAAUGAGAAAGAUGAACCUACUGUUUCUCUGAUGGAAGUAUUGGAGGAAGACGAAGAAUUAGAAGCAGCUGCCGUUUUGAGUGGAAGCGAUCCUGAGAAUUGCUCAUAUCCCCAGGGGUAUGUGAAGAGACAGGCGCUCUACGCAUGCAACACUUGCACACCAAGUGGUACAGAGCCGGCCGGGAUAUGCCUUGGUUGUUCCUACAAAUGUCACGAUGGACAUGAUCUCUUUGAGCUCUACACUAAACGGAAUUUUCGCUGCGAUUGUGGAAAUGAAAAAUUCGGAGAGUUCAAGUGCAAGUUAUAUCCGGGAAAAGAUGGACUGAACACCAACAACAAAUACAACCACAACUUCUAUGGUUUGUAUUGCACCUGUAAAAGACCAUACCCUGACUCUGAGGACCAGAUUUUAGAUGAGAUGAUUCAGUGCAUUGUCUGUGAGGACUGGCUCCAUUCCAAGCACCUGGGCUGUGCCGAGGAGGAAUGCGUGGAGCUGCAGGAAAUGGUGUGUGAAUCAUGCAUGAACAAGGCACCUUUCUUAUGGACCUACGCCUCCCAUCUAGCAGCCCCUCCGGUGACCAAACUGAGCCCCUGUGAGGGGGAGGUGGAGGUUAACGUGGAGGAGAACACGGAGGAGAACGGCCCGAAGAAAGAGGAGGAGAAACCAAAGGACCUCUGCAAGAAUGGAGAAGAGCCUUCUGCAAGCCUGAGCUCUCCAGAAGACAAGGCCGCCGCAGACGGACAGAGGAGCGGGAAACGGACGCUCAGCGAGAUGGAGGGAUCCGUCUCGGAGUGCAGGCUGCGGGAGAUGGAGGGGAGGGGGCCCGCCAGGGCCAGGGAGGGGGCCGUGUUCUGGUCCUACUUCUGGCGCAGCAAGCUGUGCACCUGCACCAGCUGCAAGAGAGCCUACGUGGGAGCGGGCGUGCCCUUCCUGCUGGACGAGUCGGACACGGUCCUGGCCUACGAGAACAGGGGCAAGGCGCAGGAGGAGGAGGAAGACCUCCUGAGGUCAGCUCUGAACAGACUGGACCAUGUUCAGCAGCUGGAGGUCAUAUACGAAUACAAUGACAUGAAGACUGAACUGAAGGAUUACCUGCAAAGAUUUGCACAGGAAGGGAAGGCAGUGACCUCUGAAGACAUCAAGAGCUUCUUUGAAGAGCUACGGGUGAAGAAGAGGAGGAGGAUGGACGCAGGGCAGUACUACUGCAGCUGAGAAGCCAACAGAGCCCCACGCAGCUGCUUUUAGCGUAUGACGACAUGCAUUGCCAUACAGUACCAGUCAAACGACUGGACACACCACGCCACUCUGCCUUUUCCCAUUAAGGUUUUAUUUUCUUGGUUUGUAAUCAAUUCAUAUGUGGUCAAAGUGCAGAUUCUAGCUUUUAUUAAAGGGUAUUCUUGUACAUAUUGGUUUCACAGCAUGUAGUAAUUACAGUACUUUUUUUAUACACAGCCGUAUAAAAUAUUCCUACGUAUAAAAAGUGCUGUAAUUACGGCAUGAUGAAACCAAAAUGUAUAAAAACGUGGUUUAAUAAAAGCUGGCACUUUGACCACAUAUGAAUGGCUUGAUUACAAACGGUGGAGACAACAUUAAUCCAAAAAGCCAGAAAGGGGCAAGGUGUCCACCGGACACAGUCUGUACUGUACUUCAGCCUCAGUGGUUUAAUUUCUCUCCUCUAGGCUCAGGAUGGCCGUGCUCUAUGCUGCAGUGUCUCCCAUUCAGAGUCGGUGCUUUUCAGUAAAUACUUAAUGCGGUGUCUCCGGGUUGUAAGGCCAGCGUUGAGCUUCUUAAAACUUAAUGUUUCCUUUAACACCUUGGCACCGUCACGCCCGCGGUGUCUGCGGUGAAAGAGGAAGGGACAAAGGUUUAGCGCUGAAGGCGGGCUGUUUUACGGUCGGGAAACGGUCGAGGCAGCGCGGGCUGUUCAGGAAGGUGCGGGGAGGCAGAGAGCCACCUGUACGUUCCAGCCACGGACCGUUGGCUUCUCGUCCAUCUGUCACACCGGCCCUCCAGCAAAAACGCGGCCUCGGCUGUGAUGAGGUGGAAAACGCAGGCGAGGGGCGACAGCCGUUCAGUCAACAGUGACCGGUAACCCCACCCCCUGGAAGCCUGGUGUCCUUAAUUGAUUUUGUUUCCGAGUCUGAAUGUGACAUUUAAGCUGAGCGUUUGGUACAAGGUUGUCUUCGUCCUGUUGGAAUUUGUAUGAACGCCACACUGAUGCUGUGAUUAUUGCUUCCUCUCACUUAUUGUUCCUUUGGAGUUGCCUGUUCUGACUCCCAUAGUGCUGGAUCACUUUGCUGCUACAAUGCUGCCCUGACAGGCCGGUAAUGAGUUUUUAAAGCAUUUCCCCAAGUUUUCCCAGUUUGUGUUGAUGCUUGUAGGUUAGGACUUUUUUCCUUCACGAAUAAAAUUGAAUAAUGUGA